UUUCCCUUUUGUCCGCCAUCUUGAUUUCUUUGCAGUGAAAGUCAAAAAUUUUAUGUACGAGACAUAGUGUUGUCAAGUGGGACUUGAAAUGGCGUUUGGAGUUAAAGAUAUAACGUUUGAAGAUCUUGAAUCCAAGGAGGUUGAACUGACUUCUUCAGUUUUGAUGGGAGCAGCGCAUCAUCUUGGCCAACAUUGUGAAAAGGAGUUCAAGACCUUUAUGGGCUGUCGUUACGAUACCAAAGAUCCAAGAAAAUGCUUGCAGGAGGGAAAAGAAGUUACAAAGUGUGCUUUAGAUUUCUUCAAAAAGCUCAAGGAGGAAUGCAACGAAGUUUUUACCAAGCACUGGACGUGUCUGGACAAUAACAAUCAAGAAUUUGGAUACUGUCGUGAAACACAGAAGAAAUAUGAUUCGUGUGUGUUGGACAAAAUGGGACUGGAGUGUAAUCAGCCAAUUCACAUUACUAUGAGAGAUUAACACUUACCCUCAAAGAUGUAUUUUGAUUAGGAGAGUUGUCAAGUUUACUGAAUGGAAUUUGAAGCUGGUUUAUUAUUAUUGUGAAAUAUGUUAAUAAAAUUGUGUGGCUCUUAUAAAAUUAAUAAUGUACCUUU